AUGGAACAAGGAUCCAAGGCCCCCCAGGAAGCAGGGGCCGGCGUGGGAGAGCGGGGCGGCGCGGGCAGCCAGCUCACGGAGCGCUGCCAGGAGCUGUUUCUCCAGCUCCAGAAGUCUCAGUACCUGCAGCUGGGCCCAAGCCGUGGCCAGUACUACGGUGGGUCCCUGCCCAACGUGAACCAGAUCGGGAGUGGCACCGUGGAUCUGCCCUUCCAGCCCAGCGGAUAUCUGGGGGAGGCCCUGGCAGCGGCUCCUGUCUCUCUGGUUGGCAUGGUCAGCCGUGCCCCGAGGAGCUGCAGUGCGCAAGGAGGCCCCCUCAGCCUCUGCUGUCUUCUCUUUCAGACGGGGUCCAGGCCCAAGUCCUGCGAGGUUCCUGGGAUCAACAUCUUUCCAUCCGCUGACCAGGAAAACACUACAGCCCUGAUCCCUGCCACCCACAACACAGGGGGCUCCCUGCCUGACCUGACCAACAUACACUUCCCCUCCCCCCUCCCGACCCCACUGGACCCUGAGGAGCCCACCUUCCCCGUGCUCAGCAGCUCCAGCAGCACCGGCAGCCUCGCAGCCAACCUGACUCACCUGGGCAUCGGCGGCACCAGCCAGGGGAUGAGCACACCAGGCUCCUCACCACAGCACCGCCCAGCUGGUGUCAGCCCAUUGUCCCUGAGCACGGAGACAAGGAGGCAGCAGGCCCAGCAGGUGUCACCCACCCUCUCCCAGCUGUCACCCAUCACUCAGGCUGUGGCCAUGGAUGCCCUGUCUCUGGAGCAGCAGCUGCCCUACGCCUUCUUCACCCAGGCGGGCUCCCAGCAGCCUCCGCCGCCGCAGCCCCAGCCCCCUCCUCCGCCGCCGCCCGCGUCCCAGCAGCAGCCGCCCCCGCCACCCCCGCAGGUGCCCGUCGGCCUCCCCCCAGGCGGCCCCCUGAUGCCAAGUGCCAGCUUGACGCGGGGGCCCCAGCUGCCCCCGCUCGCGGUCACGGUACCGUCCUCUCUCCCCCAGUCCCCCUCAGAGAACCCGGGCCAGCCGCCAAUGGGGAUCGACAUUACCUCGGCGCCGGCUCUGCAGCAGUACCGCGCUAGCGCCGGCUCCCCGGCCAACCAGUCUCCCACCUCACCUGUCUCCAAUCAAGGCUUCUCCCCCGGGAGCUCCCCACAACACUCCUCCACCUUGGGCAGCGUGUUUGGGGACUCGUACUAUGAGCAGCAGAUGGCGGCCAGGCAGGCCAAUGCUCUGUCCCACCAGCUGGAGCAGUUCAACAUGAUGGAGAAUGCCAUCAGCUCCAGCAGCCUGUACAGCCCGGGCUCGACGCUCAACUACUCGCAGGCGGCCAUGAUGGGCCUCACGGGCAGCCACGGGAGCCUGCCGGACACCCAGCAGCUUGGCUACCCCAGCCACAGCAGCAUCCCCAACAUCAUCCUCACAGUGACGGGAGAGUCCCCUCCCAGCCUGUCUAAAGAACUGACCAGCACACUGGCCGGGGUCGGUGACGUCAGCUUCGACUCCGACAACCAGUUCCCCCUGGACGAACUCAAGAUUGACCCCCUGACCCUGGACGGACUGCACAUGCUCAACGACCCCGACAUGGUCCUGGCCGACCCGGCCACCGAGGACACCUUCCGGAUGGACCGUCUGUGAGCUGCACACCCGGCACAUCGCCGCCCAGCCCCCGGCUCCAUCACCCCGCCGGUCAGUGGUCCCGACGGCGUCUCCCUGAGCCCAGGGACGGCCGCGCUCCGUCCUUCGCAAACGGCCGAGCUUGUGAUUCUGAGCUUGCAAUGCCGCCAAGCGCCCCCUGCCCACCCGCCCGCCCCCCCAGCUGUCCACCUCCCUCGGGAGGCCGCGUGUCACCCCCGCGGACCCUCCCUGCGCGUGCUCUCUCGCCCCCCACCCUGGGCCAUGAGCCGUCCCCCCUGUAAGAUGCGGAAAGUGUGUUGGGCAGGGCCGCCGGCCUGGAGGGGGCGCUGUGGUCCACGGCGGCAGUGGGCUGAGGUGCAUUUUCCGACUGUUGUCCAGCUCUCACUGCCUUCCUUCGUUCCUGGUCCUCCCCCUACCCGCCCGGCCACCCCCCAGCCUGAGGUUAGGUAGCAAGCCAGCCUCCCCCACUCCCCGCCCCGCCAAAGGGAGAAGGUGCCAGAGAGAGGGGCAGACACAAAGUGAAAUAAACACUAUUUUGACUGCUGUCUUUUAUAUUUCUGAGCACAUUCAGAGAAUGCUAGAGUCCGUCCCAUGGAGGUAGACUAUAAAAGGUGUGAACAGAGCAUGCAAAGCAGCUAAAUCUUCCUGGGACCCACACACCUGCUUUGCCCUCCCCCAGCCAGGUCCCUCUGUGGCCACCUUUGCCCUGAAAGUGAAGCCCCUGGCCAGGAUGAAGGGGCCUGCCAGGGGAUGCAUGUGGAGACGGGGGUUAUUUCUGGGGGUUGUUUUCGUCUCUCAACUUGUUUUCAUCUUUUCUUCUCUGUACCGUGGUCACUGUUACUGUUAUUUAAAGAACGGGCUGGGGAGGGGGUGGCCAGGGCAUUUUUUGUUGUGUUUUUGUUUGUUUCUUUUGGUUUGUAUUUACACUUUGGUUGUAGACGAGUAGCUGACUCCUUCAAUCCAACACUUGCCUGAGAGCAUGUUUUUAUUCCAGAUAUCCCAUGUUAUAUAUUUUUUAAGCUAACUGGAAGCAGGCUCCUGCCUGCAGGGUCUGAGCUGAGUCUCCGGCCGCUUUCGCUCAGGCCCGCGCUAUCUCGAAAUGGAAGGGCUGAGUGAGGGCGGGUUGGGCCUGGUAGGGUCUCUGGCAGAAGCUCGAGGUGGCCGGGGGUGCCGUACCCUCCAGCCACGUGUCAGACUCCCAGGAAGGAGCCACGGCUUUUAUUAAGGGUCCCUCGAAGACCCAGCUCUGCCUGGUCAUCCUCAAGGUGCCUGCCAGUCCUCAGGGAGGGCUAGUCCCAGACCCCGAGGCUGGCGGCGGCAGCAGCCCCUCUGCCCUGAUGCACCCCAGCGAUGAGGUGCCCCCUCGCCGCGAGACCCAGCUGACAGUCGUCCCCGCCAGCCGCCCCUUCAACGGCCCCUCUGGGCAGGGCUGGCUCCGGAGGAAAGAGCAGUGUGCGUUGUAGCAGCGGCGUUCCGGGAGGCUGAGGUGACCAUCAGGGCUCGGACCGUGCUGGGCGCUGUCCCUGUGCCCUCCAGGCCCUGGGAGGGGGUGACAGGGGUGUCUUUGUUUUCGGUCAGCUGCUCGGAGAUGGGAACUUAGUUUCGGUCCCUCCGAAGCCGCAUCAUCUUGAGUGCUCGGCCUGCAGGCCGGGCCGGCACCUUCUGCGCGGUGCGCAUCUCUCCGUGUGGUGUCGCGGCCACUGCCUCUAGGUGUCACGAGCCCUCGGCUCUGUCCGUGCGGGAGCCAGAUUUCAUCCUAGCGACAUCCCUCCCUCUCGUCCCCUGGGCCAGGCUCGUAGCACCUGGCCAAGCGACUGGGCGGCCACAGGUGUGAGAAGGCCCCCUCCUCCGUCAGGUGGCCCCUGCUGCCUGCGUCUGGGCUGGGGGACACGGGGUCAGUCCGUCCAGGUCGAGGGCCCAGCCUCUUACUGAGGCAGGGGCUGGGAGCAAAGAGUGAGACUUUUUUUUUUUUUUUUUAAAGAAAAAACUACAUGUACAUAGAAGAGUUUGAUUACCAUUAGACUUGUGUGUAGAACUUUUUAAAAAAUGGCCUUAAUAAAAUUACAAGCAACCUUCCUGGAUGCAAUUUUCAAACGAGGCAUUGGGGACCCCCGUGAGGGAGCCUCGUCAGCCCCUACUUCCCGUCUGCUCGGCGCCCGGUUCUCAGUGCAGAUGGGCAGGAGAGGGAGGGUGUCCACCCCUGCAGCCUGUGUCCAGCAUCCCCUUGGCUAGGGGGCACAGGUGACAUUGUAUUUAUGUGGCCACUUUGGCCCAGGAGGGGCAUAGGUGCAGUUUUCCCAGGGAGGGGGUCCCAGCCAGGAGCCAGUGGCCAGGCGUCCCUGUGUCCUCAAAAAGGUUCACACCCCUGCCUGGGCCUGGGCAGGCCUCCUGAGGUCUGCAACAGGGGAUUUUGCUUAUUUCUUAAAUACUGCUUCUCUACUAAGUAUUCUUGAAUUGCCAAGAUUUCCCAAAACAGGACAGCCUAAGGGAACCAGCCCUUUGACUUGUGAUGUGAAAAUACUGUGAUUUCAGACGAGCCGCGCCGUGAGGGGUGGGCCGGGGCCCCGGAAUAUUGUACAUAGACCCGCCGCCUGUGUCCUCGCUCGCUCGCUCGCUCGGGACAGGCCUGGAUGCUCAGCCCACGUGAAGUCAGAGGCCAAGCCAGUCUGUCCCCCUGCCGCUGGCCCUGAGUUCUCCCGAUUUCAGUCCCCUCAGCUAUGGGAACUUCUGCCCCGGGAACAAGCCAAAUAGUGUGUUCCCACCUGCCUCAGUUUACCCUCUGUCCCCCAAGCCCCCAGGACAGUGAGUUGUUUACCCCCAGGGAGGUUUGUGGGCCAAAGUAGAGCCCGGGAUCAGCCCCUCUCUGUGUCCUCCAGAGAAGAGGGCUUGUGUCCCUGCCCCCUCAACACCCACCCAUCAGAGUCACCCCCCCCCCCCAGUGUCCAGGGCUGACGUCGGGGAGGAGAAGGGGUCUUGUCAGGAUCGUAUUCCCUGUCACAGGUACCCAUGCCAACCUCCAUCCCCACUGAGUCCUUACCAGGGGGAAGAUAGGCAGCGUUCUUCGGGACAUCCUGCAGCCCCCUCCCUGUUCUCCCCACACACCCUGCUUCCUCCCGACACUCUUCUGGGCAGGAAGGGUUGGGGGGGUGCCAACCUCUUGGGGCAAGGGACGCUGAGACCCUCAGUGGAAAGCUCAGGAGGCAGGUUGACCCUUCAGCAAAAUUUAGGGGCCCACAGCUGACAGCAUCCAAAAACUGUCUAUGCUCCCCUGUGGGGGACAAGCCAGAGCAGAAGGGGCCCUAAUUGGGGUGAGUCCAGCCCCCCCUGCCCCUGUGGCCCUUUCCCCAGCCACACCUCCACGCAGACCUCCCUGCUGGCUUCUGAGCCACCUGCCUGCCCCGGGGGUGUGCCUUGAGGGCAGGGGUCCUGCCUUUGCAGCACCUUUCUGGUCUCGUCUAUUUGUGGGUUUGAGGGGGCUGGGAAGAAGGGUUCUGUCUGUGUGUUUGGCCUGAUUUCUUUGGGUGGCUGAGAUCCCCAGAGGAUGCCUAGCCGGGUGGACCCUGUUGUGAGGCCCAUGCGUCAUAGUGGGGCAGGCAAGGACGGGCGUCCAACUCCAGGAGACCCCCACGUGGAGGGUGAGAAGGCUCCACGUCCAUCCAGAUGUGCAGGGCUGCGUGCCAGGUGCUGGCUGUGGCCCGGUCAGGCAGGACGGGAGCCGGUGCCAGGACUGUGGGGAGCUGGGCUGCCUUCUCCCCCACCCAGCAUCCUGGGCCUGAUGAGCCCCCGUGAGGGACCGUCCUUGGGCCCUCAGGGGAGCUGAGGACACACGGGAAUGUGCCCCCCUCCCCAGGCCUCCACAUCUCAGCCAACCCCCAGCUGGUUCAUAACCAAACAUCCUUCCAGACUCCCACCCCCCAAAUGGAUUCUGGGUUUUCUGCAUUUCCAAAGAAGGCAUCCCCACUCCUGGGUACAGGCUGGGUGUGGUAAGGCCUGGUGGUAUUGGGGGGCCCUCCCCCCCCAACCCUGCUCCUGACAAAGCAGCAGCAGCACCCAUCACCCUCCCUGGGUUCUGAUGGAGCUGUAGUUAAGAGGCCACAGAGGGUGUGGGGGCUGCAAGGUCAAGGGUACCCCGUGCCCCUCGUCUUGGCCCAUCACUCCUGCAGGUGGCGCUCCAGGUAAGGGAGCUUUGGCCACCUGAGCCCUUCCCACUUGGCUUGCAGAGCUGUGGGGUGGGGGGGUGGGGGGGGUUCUGUGUUCUUUGCCCACUGCUGGAGGACUGCCUGGGGUGAGUGGGCAGCUGGGUCUGUUGCUGCCCCACCUCCUGGGGGUUCCUGGGACAUUCCCCCAUCAGGCCCUGCCCAGCCAGAGCUGACUCUCUGUUCUUGGUUUCUCUUGGCCUUUGGCCUCCAGGGGUCCUGGUUGGGUGGGGCUCAGGCACCUCUCAUCACCCUUCGUGUGCCACAUUCUCUCUGAAGUGGCCACUCCCCAGGAGGGAGGUGGGGUGACCUGUACCUUCAGGCCUGGGCGCUGGAGUACUCUGAGAGGUAUGGGGGAGGGGAGGGUAAUGGGAAAAAGGCCCUUGUGACCCAGGCCUCAGUUUCCCUCCGUCAUUGGCUCAGACCCCAUGGGUCUUGGGGCCUCAGGCUCCUCCCUGGCAGGGUCAGGGGUAGGGGCUGGACAUGAGAGUGAUGCUGGCUUCAGACAGUUUCCCCCUGUCUUCUGCCCUCUUGGCCAGCCCUCCACACCCUGUCCCAGGAUGCCAGGGACACAUGGUACCUGCGGGGGAGGGGUGUUGCCAGGGGAGGGUUCUGGAGCUUGGCAAUCAAUGCCCAAUCCAUCCUAGCCCAUCACUUCUGACCUCUUGCCCACUCGGGACAGGUGGACACAGCUGUGGCCUUUGCCACUAGGCCCCGAGAGGAGGGCUUUGGCAGCCAAGGUCCACCAGCCCCUCUGUGCCCCACCAUAGGAAACUGCCCCCCAGGGGGCCGGGCAGGCCCACUGAUAUAUGCAAACCACUGGUCCGAGCCCUGCUCCGCCUGUGUUCUUCUGUCCCCAGGCUGGCUCUGCCCCCCUCCUCCCCCCAGCAUGUACACUCUGCUGUGGAUGUCCCGUGGGCCGUGGGUUGGGUGCCCAUGGCGGGUGGGGGCGGGCGGCUCAGGGCGCACUCGGCCGGCCCCUGCCCAUCCUCUCUGGCGUGGACGCUUUUGUCUUUGUACCUUUGCAUCCUUUGUAAUGAAACAUAAUAAAAAUCCAAUGUUUUCGUCUC